AUGACCCUACGUCAACGCAAACCCGUAAUCUCUUCUUCCCCGUCUUCAAAUCCUCCCGCAUUAGCAUCCUCGGGGUCGGCUUCCGCCAAAGAGCGCCGUGUACCGCGGGGAAUGACCAUGUCCCGACCUCGUCUCGCGCUCCUUUUCGCCCCCCUCAUCCUAGGUUGGAUCAUUCUCUUCCAACGCAGGUCCUCACCGAUCCAACACCUCCCUAAAACAUACGCCAUUUGUUCUUACCGCAACUCGUCACAGGUCUAUACCUUUGACGCGAACGAAUCCAAGAGAGGUUGCGUCGUCGUGAGGAAUGGCAAGAUCGUCGAUACGGGCGAUUUGGCUCAUGUCAGACAGGUGUAUGGGGAUGAACAGAUGGUAGGGAAGGAUAGUGGAAUCAAGGUGUAUAGGUUGAGAAAAGGGCAAAUGCUCUUGCCCGGAUUGUGAGUCGGGCUUGUUUGCUUUCUAAGAUGACUUUUGAGCACUUGAUGGGUCGUGAGGCGGGUUGAGUUUCUACGAAGCAGUGAGGACCAUGCUGAUCGGGAAUACGUUCAUAUGUUAGAACAGAUGCCCAUGCACAUGUGCUACAAAAUGGAGAAGCCGCAACUGCCGUCGAUCUGGUAGGGUCGACUUCGGUUCAAGGUAAGGGGGGGAAAAACCUUGACCGACUCGCGUUCGGGGUAGAGCGAAGUUUAGCUGACGAAUAGUAUCUGUCUUUCUGGCGAGAAGAUGUGAUCGAGAGGAUCGCAACUUUUAUCGAGAAAGACGACGACUUGCGCAAGGAUCACUCGAGGUUCAUCUUGGGAUUGGGGUGGGAUCAGACCAAGUGGCCCGGAGGCGAGUUUCCGACUUCGGUAAGUAUUCAAGAGUAAAAUCUGUUCACGCGGCCUUAAGUAUUUUAACACACACUGAUUGAAUGGGCCUCCGAUAAAUUCGGUCAGGACGAUUUGGAACGCGACCCUCGACUGGCUGGAAGAUCCAUUCAUCUCAAACGAAGUCCGUCUUCCCAUUCCGGUCCUGAGUUCGGAGCUCUCGAUCGUCACAGUCUGACGCGUACCGAACCUUCUUUCGCAGUUGAUGUGCACGCUAUUUGGGUUUCUAAAACGAUCUUGGACCGAAUGGGUUCACUUCCUGAGCAUGUCACGGGGGGUCUUAUUGUUCGCGCACCGGAUGGGUCGCCGACGGGUAUCUUCCUCGACAACGCGAUGGCACUCGUUGGUGAGUCGAGUCAAACUGGGCUGCCCUCGUCAGAGUCGAACUAAAGUAAAUUCAUCACGGACGUUUACCAUCACUUAUCUAGCUGCGGUCAUUCCACCCUGGACCGACGAAGACCGUCUCCGAUUCCUAACCUCGACCGCGCGCGAGAUGCUCAAUCUCGGUCUCACCAGCGUCCACGACGCUUCCCUCUCCCUCUCGGACAUCAACUUCCUGCGUAAGAUCGACCAAGAAGGUCGUCUCCCCAUCCGAAUUUACGGGAUGGUCUCUUGCGAACCUUUGAACUCUUAUUGUGGGGAAAAAGUGACCAAGUAUAAAGGGGAGAGGUUCGAAGUGAGGGCCGUCAAGAUUUUUACGGAUGGGGCGUUGGGAAGUUGGGGAGCUGCGAUGAAGGAGGAUUAUUCGGAUCGGAAGGGCGAGAAGGGGAUUUUGAUUUCUCCAGAAGAGGAGAUCGGGCCUUUAGUGAAGAAGGUGGGGUAGAUAGCAAUGGCGAAGUGUGUAUGCCUAGAAAUACCGGGGUGCUGACUUUUGCCACCCUUUUGCUUCCACAGUGGAUCGACAAGGUCCGUCCAAGUUCAUUCUCGUCUGCGGAGGCUUGCGUGAACUGACCUUGUUUCCGCAUUACGAAUCAUUCCGACAGGGCUUCCAAGUCAACUCGCACGUCAUCGGCGACCACGCAGCGGAGAUCAUAUUGGACGCAUAUGAGAAGCAUACGCCCGCAGGUGUUUCGCCGAAGGAGUUGAGGCUGAGGUUGGAGCAUGCGCAAAUUUUGGUGAGUGGUCGAAAGAGGAGGUGCGAGGAGGUUUCGAGGAGGAAUCCUGAAGGACAGUUGUUACUCUACAGAGUCAAGAUGAUAUCGCGCGGACGGGUCGGUUGGGUAUCAUCUCGAGUAUGCAACCUACUCACGGUAAGUGAGAAUCGCGAGAUUAGCGCCAAGAUCCGGUUGAACUAAGUUGCGGUCGCCCUCAGCGACGAGCGACAUGUCGUAUGCCGAAAAACGGAUCGGACCCGAAAGGAUCAAGGGUGCUUACGCAUGGGCUUCCCUGAAAGCGUGAGUAUCUUUGCACCCAUUCCUGACUCCUCGGUGCUGAUCAAGCGUGUGCCUUUCGUUUUAGCGCCGGGAGUCCAAUCGCCCUCGGCUCGGAUUUCCCUGUAGAGAAAGUGAAUCCGAUGUUGGGUAUCUACGCCGCGACGACGAGGAAAUGGAUCAAUGGGGAUUCACCUCACGGAACUGAUGGAUGGUCAGUCAGUUGAAUAUGGUCUGACCUCGAGCGAGUGAGUAGUUCGAUCUCCCCGAGCUGACUCUUUUGCGCUUCUUUCCGCCUUCAGGUAUCCUUCCGAACGUCUGUCGAUGCUCGACACCCUUCAUGGCUUCACAACAGGAGCCGCAUACGCUGCCUUCCAAGAGGACCAAUUAGGGUCGGUGGAGAGAGGGAAAGAGGCGGAUUUGACGAUCCUAGAUCGGGAUCUGUUCGAGGUGGAAGACUUUGAGAUCGCCGAAGUCAAAGUCGUCGCGACGAUUGUGGGGGGGAGGUUGUUCGCGGGCAAGUUGUAG